GAGCUGUCGUCACACUGACGGCGGAGUCAGACGACUGUCACCUGUUUAUUACCCAGAACGGAGAGAGCUCCGCCCACCCCGGCUGCCAGGCUGCUUAAAUGUAACGACCCGGCGAUGUGGGAGGUAAAUCCGUGUUGCUGUGCUGACCGGAACACUUUAAACACUUUUAACGGCUUUAAAAGGAUCAGCGGAGGUCUGACUGGACGGACUGGAGGACGCUGGACAGCGCGUCAUGGUCGCUCUCAGAUAGAGGUGCGUUUGUUGCGUCAUUCCUGCGGCAGGCGGUGGAGGGCGGCCAUGUUGGAUGUCCUCAUUGACGUGUGCUGACCGGACGUCCCGUCGAGCCGCCGCGUCCCGCCGUCCGUCGCCUCAUCAUGGCGGAGUCCGGCUCGGCGCCGGCUGACGUCCUCGAGGAGGCUCCGCCCCUCUGCGCCAAGGACCCGCCCAAAGAGCCCAUCGUAACCACGACAACGGGGGGCUCGGACCCCCGAGCCGAGGACCACAGCCUCAACGGCGGCGCCGGAGUCCCCCGAGAUGAGGACCGGGAGGCCACGCCCACUCCCCCCGAGUCCUCCAGUCCCUCAGCCACCACAGAAGAAGAACCGCAGCAGAGGGCAGGAUCAGGUCUGGACCCGGAGGACACGCCCCCGCUGGAGACGGGCGAGGACGAGCCCUCCCCGUCCUGCCCGCCCCCUGCUGGGGGGCUGAAGGAGGAGCAGACAGCAGGCUGCUGCUGCCUGCUCCAUCCCUCUCUGACUGUCCUCCUGUCCACAGGGGGCGCUGCGGUGUCGGCCCCGGCCCCCCCGGACCCGGGGCCCCCCCAGCCGGCCCCCCCGGACCCGGGGCCCCCCCAGCCGGCCCCCCCGGACCCGGGGCCCCCCCAGCCGGCCUACUACCUGGUGAAGUGGAUCACCUGGAAGGACAAGAAGACGCCCGUCAUCACCCAGAGCCAGAACGGACCCUGUCCACUGCUGGCCAUCAUGAACACUCUGUUCCUGCGCUGGAAGGCGAACCUUCCUGCUCAGACGGAGGUCGUGACCACGGAGGACCUGAUGGCUCAUCUGGGGGAGUGUGUGUUGUCUGUUACACCCAGAGAGAAGACUGACAGCAUGGAGCUGAACUUUCAGCAGAACAUGAGUGACGUCAUGCUGGUCCUCCCUAAACUGUCCACCGGCCUGGACGUCAACGUGCGCUUCACCGGAGUGUCGCACUUCGAGUACACACCGGAGUGCAUCGUGUUCGACCUGCUGGACAUCCCACUGUACCACGGCUGGCUGGUGGACCCCCAGAGUCCAGAGAUGGUGGCCGCUGUGGGGAAGCUGAGCUACAACCAGCUGGUGGAGAAAAUCAUCGACUUCAAACACUCAGCAGACAGCAGCCGAGUCAGCGAAGGGCUGGUGGCGGAGCAGUUCCUGGAGGCCACCGCCACUCAGCUGUCGUAUCACGGACUGUGUGAACUGAACUCGACGGCCAGAGAGGGAGAACUGUCUGUGUUCUUCAGGAACAACCACUUCAGCACCAUGAUCAAACACCAGGGCCACCUGUACCUGCUGGUGACGGACCAGGGCUUCCUGCAGGAGGGGGGCGUGGUCUGGGAGUCCCUCCAUAACGUGGAGGGCGACGGGAACUUCUGCGACUCGGACUUCCGGCUGUGCCGCCCGGCGGAGCGGGCGCCGCCCGGCGGCCCGGAGCAGCAGCGGCGGCAGGUCGACCAGGACUACCUGGUGGCGGUGUCCCUGCAGCAGGCCGGGGGCGGGGCCGGGGGCGGGGCCCCGGCGCCGCUCAGCGACCUGGAGUUGGCCCGACAGCUGCAGCAGGAGGAGUACCAGCAGCAGCAGGGGGCGGGGCCAGCCGCACAUCAGGUCAGAGGUCAGGGGUCACAGCCCAGCAGGAGGAGAGACAGAGACUCAGACUGUGUCCUGCUGUAGGACCUUCAUCAUCGUCUUCAUCACUGGCGUGACACUGAACCUGCUCACACACACACACACACACACACUCACACACACACUCACACACUAACACACAGCCACACACACAGUAACACGCAGUAACGCUGCUUCUCACGUCGACCUGGGAGAAGUUUGGUCUUCUGGUCCAGACCCUCUUGGUCCUGGUCCAGAUCCUCCUGGUCCUGACCCCAGACCCUUGAUUCCAAAAGCUGCAUCUGGAUCCUGGUCCUGAAAAACCCUCAUCAUAUUUCUGGUCCUGAACUCUGAGGUACUCAUCGUUUUGAGUGUUCACAAAGGGGCGGAGCUAGCAGCAUCUCUGGACCAAUGAGAAUCCUGCAGAUCAGCGUCCGUCACCGUAGACCAGCAGACGGUCCAGAUCCAGGAUGUGUGGGUCUGCGAAAUCCCGGUCUGACUUAAUGCUGAAGUGACCCGGAAAGAUCCGGCUUGUUAGUCCAGGACUGAGGAGCAGCG